AACAAAUUUCAAGUCAAAUACUCCGACUCGAAGGUCUGCAAGAGUUUUUUGCUGGCCUGCUGCCCACAUGAAAUCCUCUCGUCGACGGGCUCACAAUAAGCGAAUUUAAAUAAGGGACAAGCGCCGGAGGGGAAGCGUUUUCGCCUUAUCUAAUCCGAACAACGUACCUCAGGAAUUGAUUACGAUCAAUUCACACUGGAUACCGUCGAAGUGCAACACGGGGCAGGCGUUUUUAAUCGUACUGUCGAUACACACGCGCAUAGUAUACCGUAGAUUACCUCGGGGCUUAGAACAGCCAAAAUGUACGUUGCGCGCGGCUUGGAAAUUAUACGAGCGCGAGAGAAUGUUGCGAGGGAUCCACGUUUUCAUUCCACGUUAUUUUUUUCCUCCUUCCAAACCGCGGAGCACAGUCUUGCCUGUUCUAUUCCCCCGGAACGCGGUUGUGGACAUACAUCUAAUUAUCUAAUGUACACCGAGAAUACUGCAAUUCCCAUCGCAGUGAUAUCGGGCAGCACACGGGGUGACACCGUGGUGUCUUGAGAUGAAGACGCAAUUGCAUGCACGUCCUGCAUAUAUGCGGUCGAUCGAGCAACACUUUUAUAGAUUACCGGAUUAUACGGCAUACGGUUGAUGCAUAGGCAAACUAUAACUAAAGUACUGCUUCGCGCAUUUCAGUGUCAUCUUGUGCGAAUUGAUCACAGGGAUGUUUGCUAUCUCUCUCUCUUUCUUUCUCUCCCUCUCUCUUUCGUAUUCUCCUACACGUGGCUGCCUGAGCCACCCCUCAUCGGAUUCUCGAGUUUUAUAACAAGAUCGAUGCUCCAAUAUAUUCAAGCGUGCCUCUCUACCGUCUCUGGAAUAAUAAUCAAGUUGUUUCUAUUAUAAGUUUAUUAUAGUCUGCGUGACAGACAUUUUAAAAGUGCCGUCCCACUAUGUGCUCCUUCUCUCCCUGCCUCUCUCUCUUUAUCUCUCUAUCUCUCAGGCAGCUACUAACGUAGGAAAGUUUCUUUACACGGAAAAUGCCAGCGCUCGCUCUAAGCGGAGUUGCUUUUUAAUCUUUAAUCAGUCAACUCUCAAUGUCAUCCGUGGAUUUAUCGGAAUUUAUUUUACAUAAUUUUACGUAACACGCGUGGAUUUCGAAAGCCUGUCGCUGGCAUGAUUGAUGCUGAAAAGGAUCUCGAGAGGUUUACUGAGUUUUCUUAUCGGAUUUAUAGAACAAUCUUUUUUAUCAGAAGUAAAUAAGAGCAAAGUUGGUGGUUAAUUCCAUCUUGGAUGGAUUUAUCUCUGUGUAAUUUAUUCGAUUAUUAUUUUUUUCUCUCAGAAUGAACGAUGUCACUUAUUCAUUUCUAUAUCAAUCUGCGUCCCUCGCUUUCAUUUCUCCUCAAGGAUUUUAAUUAGAUUCCCGACGAGUAUAAAGGGCUCAUAGCUUGAAUAAGGAAGAUGUAAAUGGAAUUGUACUUCAUUCUGUACCGCCUUUAUUCUCGAUCAGCCUAGAUUGUAUUCAGAUUCAAAUCCCGGAUGAAGUGUAAUUCCGGUAGAAUUGACAAAUAUAAAGCAGUUAUUCGGAUACUAGCAAUUUUACUUUUUUUUCCUUUUUUUUUUACGUAAUAAGCAUUAAAGAAUGUAAUAUUUUGUGAAUGAAAAUCAUUUAGAUCGGAUCAAAUUGUGAGACACACGUGAAAAUAUAUUGAAACGUAACGGUGAGAGAUAGCAAACACUCCUGAAGGUCCCGCGAUAUAAUUUCUACAAACGAGAAUUGUUAAUUGAAAAAAAUAUUGAGAACGAACCAAAAGAGGCAGACAGUAAAGAAAUAUUAUUUAAAGUUUAAACGAAACGAAAAUUACGAAAAAAUACUAAUGGCAAUUCGCUCGAACGAGAAAUAUGCUGAUAUGCAGAUCCACUAAUGUCAACGUAACUACAGUUCUAUUUCCAGAGUCUCUGGAAAAAGCAAUUCCAAUCAGAUCCAUUGUACAAUAUUGUUGCGAGUAUUGUCCGCUCAUAUGUCCGUGUUGUACUUGUCACUCUCACACGCGCGUUACUGUAAGUACUGAAAACGAGAAGAGGACGUACGUAUUACACCUACAAUUUGAUUUACCUUUACCAUAAUUCAAGUGCUAAAUAUACAUAUAUAUAUGCAUAUCUAUAUCUAUAUCUAUGUAUAUAUAUCUAUAUAUAUAUUAAUUCGAUAACGAGAGACGAUAAAGGCGGGCGGUUUACCUCAGCCCCUCUACCGGUUUUUUUUCCCACACGGUGGCGAGGCUGAGUGAAUAUGCCGAAUGAAUAAAUUCCCAGAAUCCCCCUCGAAAAGGCCUGUAAACAGUGAGUUCGGUGAGUAGAGCGUCAUGCUGAUUCAUGAGACGAUGUCUUAAUGUCGCUUCUUACUAAUAAUGCCGUUUACGGCAGGUAGGAUUGACAAGUUUACUUUGAGAAUGUGUGUGAGAAAAUAUAUAUCAUCCUGUGGAAGUAUAUGGGUGCAGGAAAUGAAGCAGUGAUCUGUAAGUAGAAGAUUUGCGAAUUGCCAAGUACCUACGACGUUCGUUGUAGAUGUCUCGUUGGUGUCUUUCCUCGCGCGAGAGUUUCACAUUCGGGGGGAGGAGAAUUUUCCCCCCUUCUGUUUCGAUACCGUUCUAAGAGUUUAAAAACAAGGAGAAAUUUUCCUUGAUCCUCUCUCGCGCUGAUUCGGUGUAGACUUUGAGAUUAAUGUAGAUCUUUUAAUUCAUAAUUAGGCGGAGCGCCUUAUAAAUACCGAUCGCGACGAUUAAGGAGAUUUUUAGCAUUAGUUCCUCGGACUCGUUCACGCGGUUAUUUAUUAAUAUCUUUGGCAAUUUGCAACAUCCAAACGUGUCUCGGCAAGAGAAAAUAUGAGAGGUGGCAUGACGCAGAGAGACGUGUGAUUAGGCGGAUUAGUACAACAAGCGCCAGUUCCAUUAGAAAAAUUUCCUUCAACCAUUGGAUGUGUACGUAUUGAAUCCGUUUUUUUUUUCUAAAAAUUCGUUUAGCAGCCAACAUAAGACACGAUUCGUGCCGUACGUAAAAUAGUAUAUUAAACCAUUAUAGGCUGUAAGUUCUCUUUCGUAGAAAAAAAGUGAACAUUAUGAAACUUAAGGUGUGUGCUGAUUAUAGCUUCAUUGCCAUCGCAUUCUCGUGUCAGGCGGAGAACUGUUGCCACCCUGUAAGUGAAAACAACAAACUAUUUAUCUGUACAAAUCUGCAUUUCUACUUUUACACGCGAUGCUAGAUCGCUUGACGAUCUCAAUCGCUUCAUUAUUGUACGCUCUAUCCUAGCCCGUGCAGGAAGACGAGCUCACGUUUCCGUGAGUUCACGUAAAAAGAAUGAAAAGAAUGAAAAAAAUAAUAUAUAUAUAUAUAAAGAAAAAGAUGAAAACCUAUUGGACCGUCUUAUCCUAAGGAUACAGGCGAACAUAAGCUCAGAAUUUUUGUCGUAUCAUCUCUGUCUCUCUCCUAGAUUAUCGAUUCGUGCUAUUUUCCAGUCGCGGCACCGCGACCAAGUACGUUAUAUUCUUGUCAAGUAAGAAACUAAGAAGUAUCUCGUAAAUACGCAAUGUUGGGAAGGGUCUCUAACUCGUAUAACGCAUAGAAUCGAUAAGGCCCUACGAUCGGAGGGACCGUAAAUCUAAUCAUGAUCUGAUUUGUAAAUCGUAGCGCAUGGACCUGGGAGAUUGCCCCCAGAUUCACGACUUGGCCCUACGGGCUGACUUCGAGGCCGCGCAAAAGAAGAAGGAUCACUUCUAUGACAUUGACGCGAUGGAGCAUCUUCAGAACUUCAUUGCCGACUGCGAUCGUCGUACAGAGCAAGCCAAGCAGCGACUGGCAGAGACGCAGGAGGAACUGAGCGCAGAGGUGGCGGCGAAGGCGAACAACGUCCACGUGCUCGCCGAGGAGAUCGGUAAGAAACUAGCCAAGGCCGAGCAGCUCGGCGAGGAGGGCUUUGUCGAGGAGUCGAUGAAGCUGAUGGGCGAGAUCGAUGAGCUGCGCAAAAAGAAGAACGAAGCGGAACAGGAGUAUCGAAACAGUAUGCCGGCGUCAAGUUAUCAGCAGCAGAAGCUGAGAGUGUGCGAAGUUUGCAGCGCGUAUCUUGGAAUACACGACAAUGACAGACGGCUGGCGGAUCACUUUGGUGGGAAGCUGCAUCUCGGUUUCAUCAAAAUCCGUGAGAAGCUCGCCGAUCUUCAAAAGACCGUCGAGGAGAGGCGUAAGGAGAAGCGCGAGUCUAUGCUCGACAGAAGACGGGACAGAGACAGGGAGGACCGCGACAAAGAUCGCGAUAGGGACAGGAACCGCGGAGGAUUGGGCUACAGAGGAGACCGCGACCGCGACAGAGAUCGCGACCGCGACCGUGACCGCGAUCGAGACCGUGACCGUGACCGCGAUCGUGAUCGCGACCGUGAUCGCGACCGUGACCGUGAUCGUGGUGGUGAUCGCGAUCGCGAUCGUGACCGCGAUCGCGAACGCGAUCGCGGUGGUGAUCGGGACCGGGAACGCAGGGACAGCGGUAGGAAAAAGUCACGAUCUCGCAGUCGCAGUCGUGGAAGAAGAGCAAAACGUUCUCGCAGUGGCAGCCACAGCCGUCGAUCUCGUUCUCGUCGCAGUGGAUCUAACGACCGUAAGAGAUAAAGAGACAAGAUGUAUAAGGACUAUGCUCAAUGGUUUUUUUUCCUUUCUCGCACGCGCACUUUCGUACAUGUAAUGUGUAACACCAAGCCGUGCGCACGAGACAUUUGCGCCGAACGUCCGUAGCAAAUGCGAUAUCCCAUUUUGACAUGAUCUUUGUACAUUACUUGUCACCCAAUUGAUAUGUUAUUGCGAUAUAGUAUUUAUGUCGAAUCUAUUCCUACUCUCUGAGAUAUAUCUUAAAUUUCGUUUAGAUCUACUUUAUAUGUAAUCUAUCUUGGCUUUUAAAAAUAGUUUUAACCUAUUGUAAAUAAGAAUAACUUAAGUACAACUUUUAGCAGUUGUUACAUGUUUACCAUAUUUGAGCAUAUACAAUAAUAAAUAGUGGCAACAUAAAUAAU